AAUGUGAACCCACUAACUCAAAUUGGAAGAAGGAAGAGAUGAGCUCCUGUUCACGACCGAGUAUUAUGCAUGUGGGCUCAUCAAGAAGAAGAAGCAACCCCGCUUCUUCUUCUAUAUAUAUAUAUACACUUAACUCCACUUCUAACAUCCAACCAAAAAUGAGAAAGUUGUGUUUCAACCCCAAAACGCCGUCGUUUGCCAUGGAGCGCAAUUCUCCCUCAAGCUCAAAGUCAACCCCAACGCCUCCGCGGCUCAGCUAUUCGGAGGAAGAUAGCUUCAUGGAGGAGGCGGAGUCACUCAUACUGAAAUGGAACGCAGACACUUCCGCAUACGCUAAAGUCACUUCCCUCUUCUACGAGGACAAGACCGAAGCCAAAAACUACAUAAACUGCGUUAACCAACUUCAGAACACCAUGCAUUCCUUAAUCUCCACAAACCCUUCCUCCCACAAACUCGUCCUCGCUCAAAACCUAAUGCAGAUCGCCAUGAAGCGCCUCAAGAAAGAGUUCUACCAGAUCCUAUCCACCAACCGCGCUCACCUCGACCCCGAAUCCCUCUCCGCCAGAUCCUCCCGCACCUCCGCCACCUCCAGCGCCUCCGACUGCGACGACGAAGACGACGACAUCCGCGCCGCCGCAGACUCCAUCUCCGAGGUCGAGCAGGUUUCCUCCGCCGCCGUCGCCGAUCUCAAACUAAUCGCCCACUGCAUGCUCUCUUCCGGCUACGCCAAAGAAUGCGUCAGCGUCUACAUCAUCAUCCGUAAAUCCAUCAUCGACGAAGGAAUCUACCGCCUCGGCGUCGAGAAAUUAAGCUCCUCCCGCGCCAACAAGAUGGACUCGGAGGUUCUUGAUUUCAAGAUCAAGAGUUGGUUAGAGGCGGCCAGGAUUUCAGUUAGAACGCUCUUCAACGGAGAGAGAAUCCUCUGCGACCACGUCUUCGGUUACUCAGAUUCCAUCAGAGAAUCAUGCUUCGCCGAAAUUUCAAGAGACGCUGCCUCUCUCCUCUUCGGAUUCCCCGAACUCGUCGCCAAAACAAAGAAAUACUCACCGGAGAAGCUCUUCCGCGUGCUCGACAUGCACGCCGUCGUUUCCGAGCUCUGGCCGGAGAUCGAGUCUAUUUUCUCCUCCGACUACACCUCCGCCGUUCGCUCUCAAGUCCUCGCCUCGCUUCAACGACUCACCGAUUCCGCGCAAAACUCGCUCGCGGAGUUCGAGUCCACGAUCCACAAAGACUCUUCCAAGUUGGCGCUGAACGGCGGCGGCGUGCACUGGCUCACGAUUCAGACGAUGAAUUACCUCGCGAUUCUCGCCGAUUACGUGAACGUCCUCUCCGACAUAUUCCCGCGCGCGGACUGGCUUCCGCCGCCGCGUUCGUCGUCGCUGCCGGAAUCUUAUUUAUACAGUCCAGAAUCGGAUUACUCGGCGUCGACGCCGGCGCUGACGGCUCGCGUGGCGUGGCUGAUUCUCGUACUGCUGUGCAAGCUGGACGGCAAAGCAAGGCAUUGCAAGGACGUUUCGCUGUCGUACCUGUUUCUGGCGAACAAUCUCUGGUACGUGGUGGCCAGAGUCCGAAGCUCGAACCUGCAGUACGUGCUUGGCGACGAUUGGAUCGCGAAGCACGAAGCGAAAGCGAAAAGGUUCGUUGCGAACUACGAGAAGGUGGCGUGGGGAGAAGUUGUUUCGUCGCUGACGGUAAAUCCUGGCGCGGCGGAGGCGAGAGAGGUGUUUGAGAAGUUCAACGCGAAAUUCGAGGAAGCGUAUCGGAAGCAGAACUCGUUCGUGGUGGCUGACAGAGACAUGCGAGACGAAAUAAAGGGCUCGAUCGCGAGAAGUAUAGUGCCGAGAUAUCGCGAGUGGUACGAUGCGGUGCUUGCCACGGUGGGAUCAGUGAGGGACUUGACGGUGACGGAGUACGUUACGUUUACCCCUGAGGAUGUUGAAAAUUACGUGGCUAACCUCUUCUUUUUUGGAACGGCGUCCUCAUCGGUAACUUCGUCCCCUCACCGGCGUUGGAGUUAAGUUAAGUGAGUGCUGUACAAAUUAAGUAUAGAGUUUUGACAUAGCCAACAAAAUAGAUAGCGUUCUUUGUCA